UAACUCUCUCGAUCGCUAGCUUGUGAAGAGUCACUUUACAAACGGUACGAGCGUCAUCCCUUAAUUAAAUCCUGCACUCACCUGAAGGAUAUCGUCUUUGCCUUUCCAUCCAUCUCCAACGGGUUUUUGCUCACCCUUCUUCUUCUUCUUCUUCUUCUUCUGUGCCUGAGCUAGAAGGUGCUCCAGCUCCCGGUCGAUGUCGACGAUGCACGACGGAGGCAGGAUAAGGAGGGGAGGAAGACGGGGAUCGGAGGAGGAGGAGGAAGACGACGAUGAGGUCGUGCCGCAGGGACCGGGCUUCCCGAAGCGGUCGUGGAGGUCGUGCUUCGGGGUGAUGUUGGGGAACGAGGGUUCUCGGCGGGGAUCGGUCACGAGAUUGGAGUCCUAUUAUAGUUCUUCCUCUCCACUGCUGGGGUCUAUCAUUCAUCCCGAUGACUGGUGGUACGUGCUGUGGACGCACUUCAUCCUGCUGUGGGCGGUGUACUCCUCCUUCUUCACCCCUCUCGAGUUCGGCUUCUUCCGGGGGUUGCCGGAGAACCUCUUCCUCCUCGAUAUCGCCGGGCAGUUCGCCUUCCUCAUCGACAUCGUGAUCCACUUCUCCGUCGCCUACAAGGACUCCCGCUCCCACAAAAUGGUCUACGAUCGUUCCCAGAUCGCCCUAAGGUACUUGAAGUCUCGAUUUAGCAUCGAUCUUCUGGGUUGUCUCCCCUGGGAUGCUAUUUUUAAGGCUUGCGGGCAUAAGGAGCCGGUCAGGUACAUGCUGUGGAUUAGGUUAAGCCGGGCGCUCAGAGUGACGGAGUUCUUCGAGAAGCUGGAGAAGGACAUUCGAAUCAAUUACCUCUUCACUAGGAUAGUGAAACUUAUCGUUGUCGAGCUCUACUGCACGCACACGGCGGCAUGCAUCUUUUACUAUCUCGCUACCACUAUGCCUCGUUCCAAGGAAAGAUACACGUGGAUCGGGAGCUUGAAGAUGGGUGACUAUAGCUACUCGAACUUCAGAAAUAUCGAUCUUUGGACGCGCUAUAUCACGUCUCUCUAUUUUGCCAUCGUCACGAUGGUGACUGUCGGCUAUGGAGACAUCCACGCGGUAAAUGUCAGGGAGAUGAUAUUCAUAAUGAUUUAUGUGUCUUUCGACAUGAUCCUCGGUGCUUACUUGCUUGGUAACAUGACGGCAUUGAUAGUGAAAGGAUCGAAGACGGAAAAGUAUAGGGAUAAAAUGUCUGAACUCAUCAGAUACAUGAAUAGGAAUAAUCUUGGAAAGCAAAUUAGCAAUGAAGUCAAAAACCAUUUGCGAAUCCAGUAUAGUCACCAGGACACUGAGGUCACCGCUCUUCAGGAUAUUCCAAACUCUAUCCGCACAAAGAUCCAGCAAAAGUUGUAUGAGCCAGACAUUACUAAAGUCUCUCUUUUCAAGGGCUGUUCUCCAGGAUUCAUCAAGCAGAUAGCAGUGAGAGUGCAUGAGGAACUUUUCCUCCCGAGAGAAGUGAUCAUAGAACAGGAAACUGCAGUUGACCAGCUAUUCAUCCUCUGUCAUGGUUCUCUGGAAGGAAUUCGAAAAGAAGACGAUAAAGAGGAACUUGUCCAGAUGGACUCGCCAAGUUAUAGCACGCUAGGAGCAAUCCAACUGCUCUGUAAUACCACUUUUCCUUAUACUGUUCGUGCUAGUGAACUAUGCAAGAUCUUACGCCUCAGCAAACAAUCCUUGACCGAGAUCCUCGAGAUACAUUUUUCUGAUGGACGCAUUAUCUUGAAGAACCUUAUUGAGGGAAACGACCCGAGCGUCAGCAAGAAGCUGUUGGAAUCAGAUACCACACUUUAUAUCAUGAAGCAUGAAUCAGAGCUCGCGACGAGGCUGAACUGUGCUGCCUAUGAUGGAGAUCUACAUCGCUUGAAGCAUCUGGUAGCUGCUGGAGCGGAUCCCGGCUUGACGGAUUACAAUAAGAAGUCGCCUUUGCAUGUUGCUGCUUCAAGGGGACAUCAAGAAAUCGUUUCUUUCCUAAUCGAACAGCGUGUAUGCAUUGACAUUCCAGAUGAAUCUGGAAAUACCCCACUGCUGGAAGCUAUCAAGCACGGCCACGAUCAGAUCGUUCCUUUACUUGUCAAAGCAGGCGCUUCACUGAUGAUAGAUGAUGCUGGCGGUUUCCUCUGUACCGCCGUCGCAAGAAGGGACACAGAUCUCUUGAAGAGGACUUUGGAUAAUGGAAUCAACCCCAACGCGAAAAAUUACGACUCCCGAACCCCACUUCAUGUAGCUGCUUCUGAAGGGUCGUACUCGGUUGCAAGUUUGCUUCUCGAAGCAGGAGCAAGCGUUUUAGCUAAGGACAGAUGGGGAAGUACUCCACUCGAUGAAAGCCGUUUAAGCGGAGACAAGAAUCUCAUCAAGCUGCUCGAAGAUGCGCAGACUCUUCAAAUCUCUGAAGUUGCUGACUCAAGCCAUCUUCAAGAUAGGUUGCAGAAGAGGAAAUGCACCGUGUUUCCUUCCCACCCCUGGGACGCGAGGGACGAGAGAGGAAGGCAAGGGAUCAUACUAUGGGUUCCGCAGACCCUGCAGGAGCUGAUCGAGGAAGCGAAACAGCGGCUCGGCGUCGAAGCGGACUCGUGCAUCUUAGCUGAAAAUGGCGGCAAGGUAACCGACGUUGACAUGAUCAGUGAUGGCCAGAAUCUGUACCUGACGAGCAGCGGCGCGCGAUGAACGGCAGCAGCACCAAGGCGGAUGAUGGUCGGCGCGUUUCCUGCUGUGGACUAGCUUGCUCGCAGUGGAAACUUCAUCAUUCCUCCUUUUUGUCAUUGUAUUAAGAACCAUUGCUUGCUGAGUAUCUAUGCUAGCUUUCUUACUUAUUACGGGUGCAUUUUGAUUCAGCUUUACAAAUGAGCUUUCGAUAUAAUGUAAAUGUUAAAUAUCAAAGCUAUUUAGGAAGAUGUAUUUUGUGUUUGGUAAAAUCUCUUUGCAAUUGGAUUUUGAGUUAAACAUGUAUUAGUAAAAAAACCUUUUGUCA